UCUGAGAACAGAGUGGGAGUUCCAUGAGCUCUGGGGCCUGGGGCCUGGGGCCUGGUCUCUGAGCCCAGGCUGUUGUGUCGGGGGUCCCUGGGGGCCUCUCCGUCGCUACCCUCCUGCACCUCUGGGAAACCUCGUCACAUCUUCGUCCUGCCCCGGCGGGCCCGGGUCCCGAGCCUUCCAGUGCUGGUUGCACUGCUGGGGGUGACACAAGUCCCCUCGAGCACAUUGGUACCAAUGACAGUGGUACCCUGUGUCAAAGGUCUGUCGUGGGAGACAAUACAAUACCCUUUGCGAUCUUCUGCUUGUAAUUGUAGGACCUUCAGGCUAAUUUUUCUUUUUUUUCCCCUAACAUUUGUUGAAUGCCAACUAUGCUACCCCUCUGGGAGAUGUUUUCUAUGAAGUUGAUUUGCUAGGAUAGUUAGUUAGAGGGUUAGCGUGCCAACGGGAGAAAUGCUCAGCUCUUUUCAACCCGGUAUUAGGGGGGCACUGAUAGAAGGAAUUCCACUGACAGACAUACUAAUUUGUAGACUUUGUUAAGGCUCUUGCAGGUUUCCUUCUUUCUCAAACCUUCCUUAACCGAGCAACACUAGACCUUUAAAAAGGCUUGCUCGGAGCUGACUCCUGAGCACUUCCUCGUGAGAUGAGCUCCUUCAGUGUGAAGGCAGAAAACAGAUGUCCGUGUCUGAGCGCCCUGAUCCCCCAACCUCCGUGGUCACAGCUUGCUGAGGGUGCGCAGAUUAGCUGAUGUCCUCGCCCUGAGCAUGCAGAGCUCCCGAAAGCCCCCGUCCUUACGCUCCUCCAGGUCCACGGGAGAGGCUCAUUUGAAAAUCUGUCUCCUUGAAUUGGACCGUAAGCAACGUGGAGGCAAACACCGGCUUGCUCUCAGGUCUCUAAACUUGCUGGAUUUCUUCAGUGCACGGUGUGGAACGGGUGACCUGUUGCAUCUGCGCAUCAGAAGAGAACGCACUACUGGAAUGAACAGGCGGGGAGGGCGGCAGUUGGACCGGUUGGGGCGCAGGCGCCACGCGGGAAGGGAGCCCGAGGGCGGCGCGGCGUCCCGGGCCUACCCUGCCGCAAGCCCUGCGGCAGGCUGGACGAGAUCCUGGCCUCGCGCUCCGCUGGAGACCGCCCGGCUCCUCCCCACCGCUCGGCCACGCCCAGGAUCGCCCAGCCGCCUGGCCCGCGAGCCCGGCCGCUCCUGCGGGGACCAACAGGAUGCAGGCAAAGCCGGCAGCCUUGGAGGCCUAGGCCUAGGCCCAGGACCAGGCCUCCAGGAGCUCUGGGCUGCAGCGACUUGGGCAGUGCUUGUGCUGAGAGCGACGAGGCGGACAGUGGAGUGUCCUCAGCUAUCGUGUGUGCGGAGGAUGACCCAGGAAGGGUGGAGAACAGGCGCACAACUGCCUGGAUCCACCCAUGCAAGAGCCCUGGGCUUGUACAUCCAGAAGAGAAGGCAGAGCCGACGAGGCCACGCUCGCUGUGCACAUGCUCUCUCCGGGCUGGAGGUAGUGCCUGCACUGCCUGCACUGCCUGCACUGCCCUUGAAGGGUCCUCCUGGGCACUCACACCCAGUUGGGAGGGCCCGCGACCACACCCUGCUCAUCUUGAGACUCCCAGAGCUUCUGCUCACACAGGACGAGGGGUUCGGAGGGCUGGGCCUGGCCACCUCCCUUGCCGCAGUUGUUGCUGUGCGUUGGCCCAUGUGGACAUCCUGGAAAAUUCCGAGACUCUUUUUCGGCCUGCCUCACCUUCUGCCAGCAGGAACUCUGAGGAGAGCUGGGUCAUGAAGGCGUGUAGCAACAUACCACAUUCCCCAGUACCUGUCCACUGCUGUUCUUGCCAGCACAUGAGCCAGGUUUAGGAUUUAUGGGUCCUUUCCAAUGAUGCGCUUUCCAAGAUCUUGUUUCAGCUCUAUUUCUUUCUUCUUUCCCUUCGCACCCCCAUUUUAUCCCUGGGGAGAAUCCAUCAGCUCUCCUCUGUCCCCACCCCGACACGACUCUGAGGCCCAGAAUGCCCAGUCUGUAGGAACCCCAUGGUGCUGGUCCUGAGGAUCUGCGUUUUCUACAAGAUCUUCAGAUAAGUGUGAUGCUGAUAAAGCGGGAGACUUUGCAUUUACAAGUCCACUUGUGAGAGCCAGCCCCGCCGGUUUCCCACGAGCUCCACUGCCCUGCGUGGUCUACAUGGAGACUUAGCAAGAAGAUGGAGCUAAACGGCAAGAAUUUCUGCAGCAAAGCCUGCCUGGUCUGGCCUAACACGUUUCAGUUUCCCAAGUUUCAUCACUAGCUGUGACCAGACUCUGCUCUGCCCAGGCAAAA